AUGGCAGAACCGAUGGAAGUAGAACCCGACGGUCCUCGUGGUAUCAAGCGGACCGCUCAAGAGGCCGGCCUCCCUCCUGAGGCUCCUCGUAACCGAAAGGCUGACUCGUCUCUCAAGGCUCUUGAUCAGGAUGUCGUCAACAAAAUCGCUGCAGGAGAAAUCAUUGUUGCUCCUAUGCAUGCAUUGAAGGAAAUGCUUGAGAACUCCAUUGAUGCAGGCUCAACUUCCAUUGAGAUUCUCGUCAAAGAUGGCGGGCUCAAACUACUACAAAUCACCGACAAUGGCCAUGGAAUAGAGAAGGAUGAUUUACCCAUUCUAUGCGAGCGUUUCACUACUUCAAAACUCAAACAUUUCGAGGAUCUGCUGGCUAUAGGCACGUAUGGCUUUCGAGGAGAAGCGUUAGCCAGUAUCAGCCAUAUUGCUCAUCUCAAAGUCACAACAAAGACCGCCAAUUCAAGCUGUGCAUGGCAAGCCCAUUACGCUGCUGGAAAACUCACUCCAGCCAAACCUGGUCAAAGCCCCGACCCAAAACCAUGUGCCGGCAGACAAGGUACUCAGAUCACUGUCGAAGAUCUAUUUUAUAGCAUUCCGAACCGACGAAGGGCGUUCAGGUCUCCUUCAGAAGAAUAUGCCAAGGUCCUCGACGUGAUCGCUCGCUAUGCUGUUCAUCGUGAAGGCGUCGCUUUCUCGGUUAAGAAGCACGGAGAAACAAGUUCUGCCUUUUCAGUAGCGGCCGCAGCAACUAAGAUGGAUCGGAUUAGGCAAGCCCACGGACCAGGUAUAGCAAAAGAACUUGUCGAAUUCACCAUUGAAGACUCCAAAUGGGGUUUCAAGGCCUCAGGAUAUUCCACAAAUGCAAACUACAGCGUGAAGAGGACUACCCUUUUGCUGUUCAUCAAUAAUCGUUCAGUUGAAUCCUCAGCUGUCAAGAAAGCUAUCGAACAGACCUAUCAAUUGUUUCUACCCAAGGGUGGUCACCCAUUCGCAUAUCUUAGUCUCGACAUUGAACCCACCAGGGUUGAUGUCAAUGUUCAUCCAACAAAACGAGAAGUACACUUUCUCAACGAAGAUGAAAUCAUUGAAGUUGUGUGCUCAGAGAUUAGAGAGCGACUAGCAAAGGUCGAUACGAGUCGAAUGUUCAAGACACAGACUUUGUUACCUGGAGUGACUCCCAUGACGCCAAUGAACCCAAGACCUGGUGCAUUGGCAGACACCCCUUCCAGUGAUGGCAGCAUACCACGCAAACAAUCUACCACAAAGAAGCCUUAUGAAAACAAUCUUAUCCGCACAGAUUCUAAAAUGCGGAAAAUUACAUCGAUGCUUCCCCUUACCUUUACGCCUAGCACUUCCAUUGACGACCCGUCUGCCCCUCCAGAUGGCCUAGUAUAUACAGCUACCGGUCGGGAACAGAUCCAAGUUCGACUCUCCUCUGUCAAAAAGCUGCGUACCGACGUUAGAGAGUCGAUGCACAACGGGCUUACUGAAGUAUUUGCAUCCCUCACCUAUGUGGGUCUUGUAGAUAGCAACAGGAGAUUAGCAGCAGUUCAGUCCGGUGUGAAAUUGUAUCUCAUCGACUAUGGGAUGGCUGCCAAUGAAUUCUUCUAUCAGGUCGGUCUCACAGAUUUUGGCAAUUUCGGGCUCAUCCAACUUCAUCCACCUCCGAGUCUGCGAGAGUUGCUUGAAAUGGCUGCACAACAUUACAUCGAUACAGAAGCAGAUUGUGCAGAGCUUAACAAAGACCACCUUGUGCAAAGAGUCUAUGAUCAACUAAUGGAUCGAAAGCAGAUGAUCUUGGAAUACUUUGCCAUCGAGAUCUCCGAUGAAGGAAAUCUCGAAUCAAUCCCUUUGCUCCUAAAGGGAUAUACCCCUUCCUUGGCUAAACUACCUACAUUUCUCCUUCGACUCGGGCCAUUUGUCGACUGGACACAAGAGGAAGAAUGCUUUCGCACGUUGUUGCGAGAACUUGCUUCAUUCUACGUUCCCGAGCAACUACCGGAACCAAGGCCAGCCUCUUCGUCCAAAGUGAAUCCUGGAGACAUUGAUCUCGAAACCGUCUCAGAUGAAGGUCAGGACAAUCACUACACUAGUUCAGACAACAUCCACGCUGCCAUUGAGAAACGGCGUAAAGAAAUCACGUACGCGCUGGAGCAUGUCAUCUUUCCAGCUUUUAGGUCUAGAAUUCUGGCUACUGAGCCAAUGUUGAAGGGUGUCGUGGAGGUCGCGAAUCUGAAGGGCCUGUAUCGCGUCUUUGAACGUUGUUGA